UCCUCCACCAGGUUUUUCCAUUGUUUACAAUCGUUCGGUGCAAAGAAACGUGUGUAUUUGAAGCUUAACGUGAAUGAAAUGUGACAUGUUUAGGACUUAGAUAAGUAUCUAGCCGGAAUGUUCUAAUUCCAUGCCGAGCAUCCAACACGGGUUGUUACUCUGCAAACAUUUGCCUGUUAGUCUAGCCUAGACAUGGCUUUUGCUCCCGCUGUGUGGUUAGCUGCUCAAGCAGAACUCUACGAGGACGACGAAGAGGCCGAGGCAAACAACUUCCCAGAGCCACAGAAAAACUACUUGGGCGAUUACAAUGAUGAUUAUUUAUUUGAGAGGUUCCGUUUAACUAGACCUUGCAUAAGUUUCAUCACGGAUUGCGUCAGGCUCCGGAUGAAAGCCACGCUCCAGCAAAUGAAUGGACCUUCCGUCGAUGAAAUGGUGAUAGUGGCACUGGACUAUUACGUAAAUGGUAUUUUGUCAACCAAAGUCGUAGAUAUGAUUCAAAUGGAGCAAAUGGAGAUUCACGAAGUCAUCAACAAUGUCUCAAAAGUGUUGUCAGGUAUGGUCAGGGAGUUUAUCACUUUCCCGGCGAAUGGUGAGGAACGAGCAAAUGUGGCACACGAGAUCAAGAAAAUAUGCGGGAUUCCGACCUCCAUGGGCAUGGUGGGAUGCAUGCAUGUCAAGGUGAGACCACCUCAGCACGACAAGGAAGCUUUUCGGAACACAAUGGAUAACCACACCGUCAUGACCCAAGUCAUUUGCGAUUGUGAAGGGAAUUUAAUGAGUGUUGAAAACUGCUGCGUUGGCAGCACACCAGAGCAAACCAUAUGGGAUAUGUCGGAUAUUGCCCAGCAACUAAAGCAUGGAGCACAUGGGACGCAUUGGAUCAUUGCCGGAAAAGGCUAUGCGUUGAGCAGACACCUCCUGACGACCGUUUCGCCAGCCAAAGAGAAGGCGGAUCGGCGGUUCAAUGCAGCCCACGGCAUGAUCCACUCGGUCCUCCAGAGGACCAUCACCUUGGUGAAGAGGCGCUUCAGGUGCCUGGCCAAUCUGGGCCACGUGCAGCAGAACAGUCUGGACAAGAAGGCUGAGAUCAUCAAGGCCUGCUGCGUCCUGCAUAACAUCGCUAAGAAGUUUUCGGUGCCUGCGCUCAACGGUACCGUGCUGGAGACCAUGCACCCGGCCGAGAAUCACCAGGUGCCGGUGGUGGAGGUGCCUAGCUACGCCGAGAAAUCCAGAGCUGCCAUUAUCGGCAUUUAUUUCUCGCAUUCCUCCGGGAAUGACGGCGUUUCAGACUGAGGACAAUGGACAUAUUUGUAUAAAAUGGUUGUUGACAUUUGGGUUUAAUAGGAGGAUGGUUCGGUCCCUUAUUAUAACAGUUUGUGAAAAUAGGUGCUACUGGAUUGACAAAAAAAAUAUUUUAUUUUAUCACGCUUUGUGAUACAUGAAAACCAAAUGACAAUACUAUGGGUUUAUCUAUUUACAUGUUUUUAUACAUUGUCAAUAAAUGUCAAGUAAAAAUCUAAUCCUCCAUGAAUAAUUUGAAUUGCGAUUUAGAAAUUGAUAGGCAAAAAUUGACAUAUAUUGAAAACACAAGCAGCAUUGAGUAUUCUAACACAAUGAUUUAAAAAAGUACCUAUGUGAAUGAAGUGUGCUGAAUUCUCCUGAACAUAGCCAGUGAAUGAUUACAUGUAAUAUAUGCUUAAACAUUAUGUACAUGUGAAUAUAUUUAAAUAAAAAUCUCAACAUA